AUGCGUAUCGCGUGGAGAAUCAUUUCCGGUGUAAACAACCAAAUUCGACGGCGUCGUCAUUUCUCGCGUCUUCGGACUCUCAACAUGCUGGAUUAUGACAUUGGCACAGUCAAGGUUGACUCGGAGCGCCUAAACUCCCUCCUCCACGACACGUGCCGCUUUGGCACAGGAGAGAGAUGGGGCAGGCAAGUCGCGGCUACGGAGACGGGUAUGGCCCGACUCGCCUUGAGUGAUUCAGACAAGCAGGCCCGCGACUGGUUUGUAUCUACCACCGAGGCGUUGGGCUGCUCAACUACUGUGGACGAAAUGGGAAACAUCUUUGCUAUCCGCCCGGGUCGCCGUCAAGGACCUGCCACGUUUGUCGGCUCGCAUCUUGACACCCAGCCGCGAGGGGGACGCUACGACGGCAUCUUGGGUGUUUUAGCCGGUGUGGAGAUUCUCAACGUGCUAAAAGAUCACGGAAUAGAGACUGAAUUUCCAGUAGGCGUUGUGAACUGGACCAACGAGGAGGGCGCCCGGUUCCCCAUCAUUAUGGUGGCAUCUGGUGUCUGGGCCGGUAAAAUCCCUUUACAGGAAGCUCACGAUCUCAAAGAGGUGGGCUCUGGAUCUUGUACCAUGAGGUCUGAACUGGAGCGCACCGGCUACCUCGGCGCAACACGUUGCAGCUUCCAGGAUAUGCCGAUGGCUGCCUACUUUGAGUUGCACAUUGACCAAGGUCCGAUACUGGAAGCCAACAACCAAAAAGUGGGUGUCGUGACAGGUGUUCAAGCCUACAGGUGGUUUACGGUCCAGGUCACUGGGCAAGGAGCCCAUUCAGGCACAACUCCCCUCUCGGAGCGCGCGGACGCUUCACUCCUCGCGUCACGGCUCAUUCUGCAUUGCCACCGUCUCGCAACCAAGCAUGACGCCGUAGCUACGACUGGCAUCAUUGAGGUGUCCCCAGGGAGUGUGAAUACCAUCCCUGGGCACGUUAAGUUCACCAUAGACAUGCGUGCCCCGGAUGAAGACACUCUAGAGUUGUUUGAGAAGGAACUUAUGCAUGAUGCGCACAUGCUAGCCUUGGGAACAGAUAUUGGCGGCCUGAUGGAUGCAGGCACUCCAGGCAAGUCCAUGACUGUGUGCAUAACAAAGGACACGACGUCGCCAGCCGUAACCUUCCACCCUGACUGCGUCGACAUUGUCAGAGCUUCUGCAGCAUCGGUGACAUCGAGCCAUGGCCUGUUUAGAGACAUGACCAGCGGAGCUGGGCAUGAUGCCGCGCAUGCCAACUUGAGAUGUCCGGCAGGCAUGGUCUUCGUAUCCUCCAAGGGUGGCAUCAGCCACAACCCCAUCGAGUACACCAGCCCGGAAGAUUGUGCCAUCGGCGCCGAGGUGCUGUUGCAGAGUGUGCUCAGGUAUGAUCGGCUGCGAGCAAGGAGAGGAGGCGAAAGUGUAUGA